ACCGCCCACAUCUUUACCCACUAGAGGAAGAGGUAACGUCGACGUUUAGAAAACCCCAUAUAUUUCCGAUCCACUCUCGCUCUACAGCUUUUACGUAGCUCCCAAGUCCUCCCAACAAACAUCCUGAAAGAGAAGAGGUAACUAGUAGCAGGCAGCAGAUUUCACAGAGAUCUGACAACUUCUUUUCCGAUUAGGCAGUGAAGAGGAAUCCCAAGUGUGAGCUGAAGUUUGAAUUCUUGAUUGGAGCCGUUUGAACCAUGGAGAGGAGCACUCCGGUUAGAAAGUCACAUACUUCAACGGCAGAUCUGCUCGCCUGGCCCGAGAAUCCGCCGGAAUUCCCUCCAGCAUCUACUCCUGCUUCUCGCUCCCACCAGCCAUCUGAUGGGAUCCAGAAAGUGGUGUUCGGAGGUCAAGUGACGGAUGAUGAAGUCGAGAGCUUGAAUAAAAGGAAGCCGUGCUCAGGUUACAAAUUAAAAGAGAUGACAGGGAGUGGAAUUUUUGCAUCAACUGAAGAAAAUGACUUACAAGAAUCUGAGAACGCUAACAUUACUCAAAGCAACAAAUCUGGGGUCCGGAUGUAUCAGAAAGUUGUUUCUGGGAUGAGUCAGAUUUCUUUUGCGGAGGAAGAAACUGUUUCAACAAAGAAGCCAACCACUCUGCCUGAAGUGGCAAAGCAGCGGGAACUGAGCGGAAGCCUAGAAAAUGAGCCAGACUCAAAGUUAAACAAGCAUCUUUCCGAAGCAAAAAACAAAGAGCUCAGUGGCCAUGACAUCUUCGCCCCUCCACCUGAAAUUAAGCCUCGACCCUUGGCUGCCCGGGCAUUGGCUUUAAGAGAAAGCAUUACAAUUGGAGAGCCUGUUCCCAAUCAUGAACUUGAAGGCAGUAAAGAAGCGAUUUGCAAGACAGCAAAAAAAAUUCCGGGCCAGAAGCUUGCAGAACUUUCAGGGAAUGGGAUCUUCAAGGGAGAUACUCCCCCAACAUCGGCGGAUAAGCAUCUAAGUUCAGCAAAACUGAGAGAAAUGAGUGGCAGUAAUAUAUUUGCCGAUGGAAAAGCAGAAUCUCGGGACUACUAUGGUGGGGUUCGCAAUCCACCCGGUGGGGUGAGCAGUAUUGCGCUUGUGUGACAUGUUAAUUAGGUCUCUAACUGAAAUUGUGUCGUUUAAUCAGCCUUUGGUCAUUUGUAUUUUCUUUUGUCUUUAAAAUGUGAUUUGCUGAAGCUUGUGUGUUAGAGAGUUCUAUUAACAAGUCAACCAGAGUUGGGAGAGCUAUGAAAUGAACUGCUAAAUCUAUGCUAUUGGAUGGUUAUGUGUAAUGUGUAUGAACGUGGAUUUACUCUACAAAUUUUUAAAAAGCUUUGUUUGUUCAGUUUUCAUUCUCAAACUUUGACCAUUGGGUGAAUAAAAUUACGAAAAAUGCUUGGUUACACCUUUCGUACACCAGCACAACCCUUUAAAAAUU